CUCACAAGAGCGUAAAUUCUCAUCAGUUAUCGAUACAAACAGGCGCAAAAUGCAGCCACACUUAAUUUUGCAUAAACAAAUCUGAAUUUAUUAUUAUUUAUUAAGUUUAUUAUGGACCUGGAACACAUGCUAGCGAAUCCUCUGGCAAGCGAUUGCAGCCCAUCAGUGCAAUCCCAGCGUCUUCGUAGAAGAGAUAAACGUAAGCUCGACGAUGACAAUGCUGCCACCGAUCAUCAGCCCCCAGAAAACACUUGUAUUGCCGCAGAAUUGGCUAAUAUCUACCAAGCAGAUCGGCAGCACAGCCUGCUUGCGCUUCAAAUACCUACGCAAAACCGAUCGGUUGUGCCAAGCAGCGAGUUCAUAUCCAUGCACGAUCUGCUGCUAAGUCAGUCUGAUUACGGCACCCCGGAAGAGAAGCAAGAAGCCAGAGUGCACAUAACCGAGCUGAUUUUACGAGACUUUUGCUCAUCCCCCACAUACGAAGAGGAGGAGAAUAUACCGAUCUGCGACUCACCUCCGUGGUUUCGAUUUCGAAAGAAAACAAUCAAAACCUACAGCCGCAAGCCACCAACUAGGAAACAGCAAACAGUUGCUGCCGAAGAAGACGAAGAGGAUCGAUUGAGCUGCUCCUCCGGGCUCUCGGUACAAGAGGAUCACACAGCCGUAGCCCAAGUGCCGGCGACGACGGCAUUGUGUGAAUUAGAUGCCAAUAGCUCACAAAAGAUUUGUGAAAAUCUUUUCAAUUUAAGCGAAUAUUUUUCCGUAAGUAAUACUGGUCUGAACCCCAACAAUGCCUCCAAGUCUGCUAGCGCCCAAAAAGCCCUUAGCAUCGACUUACCCAUCAAACAAGAGACACCUAUUCAUCGCAAGAAUUUGGACUCGAAUUCAUCUGUGGAGUGCACAUCUGUAGAAUUUGAAAAUCUGGAGGAGGACCUUCUGAAGCACGGCUACACUUACGAAGCUUCUGAAGUCUGUGAUAUAAAAGCACCCCCAGGAAACGAAACGACCACUCUUUUUGGCGAGAGUGAGAGUAUUCGUAGGACAUCCCCAACAAACGACCAUUCUGAAAUGGAUGCCAAAGCUUGUGUGGACUGGUCAGAAGGUGAUUCGUUUCUGGCGAAUUAUAACACCGAAAAGAUGUCAUUGAGUAAUGAUGAACCUAUAAAAUCGGAUAAAUCUGAUGUAAAACCCACCAAACGGUUGGCAAACCCCCAACAGAGCACCUACUUUACAUUGGAAGACAUCCCAAUGAGUGAGUGGCAAACCAUAAUGGAGGUUCCCGAUGUAUCAAGUAUCAAAACGGAAGCUUCGGACAAUCAAACUGUCAAAUUAGAGGAAAUGGACAAAAUUGAAGCAAAGUUCCUCGAGGAAAUUCCCGAUUGGAAGCCGGAAGGCAUUGCGUUGCGUACUGCCUCAAAAAAACCCAUUGAGGUGUCUGAGGAGAAUGCGAAGAAAGCAGCCAAGCUGCUGUCUGAUAUCCAGGCUGUAAGUGAUACUCAGUUCCUUCAAGAAAUUACUUUAAGGCAAUGGCCAGGCAUGGAUGUCCCAGAAGCCAUCUCAGAGGUUGUCGGCUUCCGAACAGCGUCAAACAAACCAAUUGAGAUUUCUGAGGAGAUGAAAAAGAGAGGAGCCAUGCUGCUGGCUGACGUCGAAGGUGGAGAAACGGAUCCACCAAAACAUACACGUGAAAUCGGAGAUAAGGAAUGCUUCUCCGAGGAUAUGGGAAUUGCUGUUGGAUUCCGAACAGCCUCAAACAAACCGAUUGAGGUGUCUGAAGAGACGAAAAAGAGAGGAGCCAAGCUGCUGGCUGAUGUCGACGUUGAUACUCAGUUUCUUCAAGACAUUACUUUAAGCCAAUGGCCAGGCAUGGAUGUCCCAGAAGACAUCUCAGAGGUUGUCGGCUUCCGAACAGCGUCAAACAAACCAAUUGAGAUUUCUGAGGAGAUGAAAAAGAGAGGAGCCAUGCUGCUGGCUGAUGUUGAAGGCGGAGAAACGGAUCCACCAAAACAUACACGUGAAAUCCGAGAUAAGGAAUGCUUCUCCGAGGAUGUGGGAAUAGCUGUUGGAUUCCGAACAGCCUCAAACAAACCGAUUGAGGUGUCUGAAGAGACGAAAAAGAGAGAAUCCAAGCUGCUGGCUGAUGUCGACGUUGAUACUCAGUUCCUUCAAGACAUUACUUUAAGCCAAUGGCCAGGCAUGGAUGUCCCAGAAGACAUCUCAGAGGUUGUCGGCUUCCGAACAGCGUCAAACAAACCAAUUGAGAUUUCUGAGGAGAUGAAAAAGAGAGGAGCCAUGCUUCUAGCUAACGUCCAUGCGACAGAACAGCUAAAUUAUCCGAGUGACGCACAGUACCGGAAAGAAAUGGACCUAACUGAAUUGGAUAUUCCAGAGAUAGUUAGGUUCAGAACAGCCACGAGUAAGCCGAUCGAAGUUGCGCAGGCGAUGAUAAUGAAAGCUGCCGAAUUGAUGGCCGAUGUCGAGGCCGAAUCAACAAAUGAGCCAAGUCUGAAGAGUCCUAAGACAUUUGCCUCAAGCGAAGCCACGGAGGUAAUGGAUGCAUUAACUGGAGAUGUACUUCCAUUAAAUUGUGAACCUGAAUGCCUGCCGGAGAUGUCCGAUUAUCUUUCCGGUGAUGAUUUCAAGGGUUUCCCAUCGGGCAAAUGCCAGCCAAUGGACUUAUUUGGUCUCCUUGUAUUUCCCAGACUAUCAGAGACAGUAGAGUAUUCAUCUGAGAAAGCUCCCGCAAAUGAUUCCAGAUCUGGGACACCUAAGCAACGACGCGAGACUUCCGACGGAAUCCCCUCGAGCAAGCGUCGACGUCGAAACGCAGAGCCCCAACUUUCAUCCUCCCUACAGCAAAAACCGCAGAACGGUACACAGCUCUCCAAAACAACGUCGUGGCACAGUGCAUUGGGAUCCCCAAUGAACUCGCAGAGUAUCCCCGCCUCUUUGUCGCAACUGGCAGAGCGUUCGCCCCUCGACCGCAUCACAAAGACGUCCGUGAUUGGACGCCGGAAUCUGUUGUCGCUUAGCAAGCGACGCAAGCGAGUCAGCACCGUUGGUGAAUGCCAGGUCCAGGACACUGUCACUCCGGUUAAGCCCCGCUUUGCCCCGAUGUCUGCUUCGACCAGCACGCCGCUGUCUAACAGGAAUAUAAACCUGGUUGAGGAAUACCGCGGUGGAGAGGACGUCUCUCCCAUUUGCAUGCGCCCUCAGAAAGCUCCCCGCAUUGGCUUGAGUCGCAGUCGAUAUUAGCAAUCUUUGUUUUUAGAUUUCUACUUAGUCGCAAUCAUACGCUGCCGGUUGGCUUUUUUUGCGCUACAUACAUAACAUAUGUACAUCCAGAUAUCCAGAACUUCCUAAUGUAUAUGUAUUCAAAUUUAUAACAUAUAACUACCUAUAAGCGAGUUAGCACAAAGAUAGAAGAUAACAAUCGUAGAGUGUAAUUAAAAAACAAUACUCAUAAAUGCGGAGUCAUGUGAGGCAUUAAGUA